AUGAAGAAACAAAAUUUGAUUGAUAUGGAAGGUGUAGUUACUGAAUCACUUCCUAAUGCAAUGUUUCGAGUUUGUUUAGACAAUGGGUGUGAAGUUUUAACUCAUAUUUCAGGAAAAAUAAGACGUAAUUAUAUCAGAAUAUUACCAGGAGAUCGAGUUAAAGUAGAAUUAACUCCUUAUGAUUUGACUAAAGGACGCAUAACAUAUCGUCUUCGCGCUAAAUCUUCAAAUAGUUAA